UCAACUCGCCCAGCAAAGUUGAAUCUUCGAUUUUUUGCAAAUCUCUAAAAUUAUGUUUUAAUUCAGCUGAAAAAGUUACAGUUUUACUAUAUUUUUAUUCCACACGUUCAGUUGUAAUUCCUAGUUCCUCAUGAUGUCUGAAUAUUACGAUCGUUAUCAUAGAUGGGAACCACUUGCAGAAUUUCAUUUCAGGGUCAGUUCUGAUGAUGAGAGUGAUGAAGAACUCGAUGAUGAUAAAUAUUUUUAUUGUUUAUGCAGCAGGACAUUCAUCAGGGAUGCUGUCAAAACAUAUUAUGUUGAUAAAGAGAAAGAGGAGGAUAGCGAGAGUGAUGUGGAGGUUCUGCGUGACUCCCAGUCCCAAGAAUGGGAGGACCAGUCUCAUGUUCACUUUUCUGUGGACACCUCUUACAAAACCAAUAGAUGUGAGAAAGAUGAAGGUGCUAGUUGCUAUUGCAGUGCAUCUCACACUGACAAUUAUUGUUCCACUGAUGAACAUGAUCCGGCUCAGAUGCAUGGCACGGCCUCUCACGCUUUACAGCCUAGCGACAGUGGAGCCGAUCUCACGUAUCAAGACUGUCACUCGGACUACACAAACAAUGACAGAUUAGAGCAAAUGGAUCAAGAUUUACCAGCACCAAACCGUGCUGAUUUCGAUGAAAAUUACUUAUCAGAAGACACAUGGGAAAAAUUCUGGGCAAUCAACGGAGAACGACUUAUUUGGGCAUCAUGGAUCAAAAAGUAUAGUGACUACAUAAAUCCUGCAUAUUUAGGCGAUAACAACGAACUUGUUUUGGACGACAAUAGUAUUCCGAAACAACACUCAGCUGAUCAAAUAUACAACAUUGAAAACAGUGAUGCCAACGAAAAAACAGAAGAUGUUGAUGAGAGUAUGAGAGAACGAAAAUUUUCUUAUGACUCCAAAGUAAAUCCAUAUAAAAAGAGUAAUAAAUCACAAAAUGCUUCAGAUAAAACUAGUUCUGAUAAUAAGGAUGAUACAUGGUUGCCAUUGGCUCGAAAAAGGUCAUGUUCUGAACAUGACAGGAUAUUGAGCCCUAGAACAAUUCUCACAGAUUCUAUGACAAAUGUUACAAAAAUCACUCUUUCUAGCUAUGAUGUGACUUCAAGUCAUGUGACAUCAGAAUCAACACCGACAGAUGACUAUAGCAUGUCAUCUUCCACUUCUGAUGAUCAGUCUAAUGAUCAAACUAGGAUUGCUAAUAUAGAUGAAAAUCUAGAUCAGGCACCGUCUGAAGAAUUGGACACUGAGCAAUAUUGGCAACUUUUGUGGAAGAAACAUUUCGGAGAUCAAUAUGCUUUACACUAUGCAAACUACAUUGAAAGUCACAAUGUAAAAGAGAGGCAAACACAAGCUGAUCUUCCCACAAUCAGUGUGGUAAGUGUACCUGAAGUGACAGAAAAAGUUGAAGAAAAACCUCUUGAAAUUGAAUGUGAGAACAGUGAGGGAAACUCCCAAGAAAUGCCAACAGUAAUAGAAGUUCAAACCAAAGUAGAGAACAUUAAGUUGGAUGAUAAACCAACGAAGCCUAGGAGAAAGAAUAAGAAAAAUAGUAACAGAAUACUUGGUUCCGUUGGAGUGUUACUACAGAAUUUGUUAAAAGAGGAGCAGAAGAAAAGUGAAACAAAUAUGAGUACUGAAAUGGUUGACGCUGGCGAUACAACCACAGAAAGGACUGAAAUGGAACCAGUAGAUGUCCCGGAGACAACAAUUACAAUGGAUACGCAGUCGUCUUUGAACACUUCAAACUUUUUGUCGUAUGAUUAUGACGAUGGAGAUGAUGAACCGCCUGAGGAAGUGAGAACAAUAUCUUUGAAAAGGGGUCAUGAAAUUGACGACGAAGGAGCGUCGUCCCAAAAGAUCAGGGCGACGUUUGAAAAAAUGGGGUUCUGCGUAAACUCUGCCCGAAUGCCAAAGGGCCAGAUAAUAUACAGCAAACCAACGGCGAAACUACGUCCACCACAUAACAAGAAAUCAAAUCUCAAUAAGAAGACCAAAUCACACCUAUCGAAUUUCGAAGCAGUCCAUCCUUACAUGAUUCGAGAGCCACAACAGCAAAGAGUGCCGCUAGAGGAUUCCGAAGUGAACACUGAAGUUGUAUGGGAAAGUGAAAAAUAUGACCCAGCAGCGAUAUCUGAUGCCACUAAUACAGACGUCGAAGAAUUUAAAAACGAGUGUAAAUCUACCGGUGAAUCGGAUAAUGUUGAAGUUAUGCCGGCAGAAGUGGCCUUACCUGAUUCUACCGACGUAGACACUGAAGAUUCGGAUGACAUGACCAAUGAAGCUGCCCCAAUGGGUAUCCCAAGCACAGCAACCAAAGAAGUUUCACCAAACAAAAGUGUCACGAAGCCAAAACAGUCUUUCAAGGAUUUGAUUGACUUCUCUGCACCAGCAGCAUUAAAUAGAAAAAGAGUAAACCUGCCGGAACAAGAUGCCAGGCCCAAACUAGCGCCGAAAAAGAAGAACCAACAGAUGACCCCGACAGCGCCACUGCCAGAGCCGAAAACGAUUUAUACUCGAGCGUUUUUGCAGGACCCGCAAUACGUUACAGGUGAAGUUGAAGAAGCAAUCGAAACAGAUCCUAAUGAGGAUACAAAUGUAACGGAACAAAUGAUCAAUGAUAGUCCGUUAGAAGAUAAAAUGGUAGCAGAUAUGAGGGGGAAGAGAUACGACUGCUGGAGCGUAGACGACAAUGUGCCACCGGAAUUGAAAGACGCCCCAAAAAUGGUGAAAUACUGGAGGAAAAGGCACUCGCUAUUCCACAGGUUCGACGAAGGCAUAAAACUAGACCACGAGAGUUGGUUCAGCGUGACUCCAGAAAGCGUGGCGUGGCAUAUCGCCAACAAAUUCGCAUAUGACGUAGUAUUGGACGCAUUCUGCGGCGCUGGAGGCAACACCAUACAGUUCGCCAGGACUUGCGCGAAAGUUAUAGCCGUCGAUAUUGAUCCGUUGAAGAUUGAAUUGGCUCGACACAACGCAAAAGUGUACGGCGUAGCCGAUCGCAUCGAAUUCAUAGUGGGCGACUUCUUCGAGCUCGCGCCGACCCUAAAGGCCGAUAUGGUGUUUUUGAGCCCACCCUGGGGAGGACCACAGUACUCACAGGUAAAAAACUAUAACUUGGAAACGAUGCUCGAGCCGAGACCCGCGUCGGAACUUAUGAAGACCGCGCUGUCAAUAUCGCCAUACGUAGCGAUGUAUGUGCCAAGGAAUACCACGUGCAAUCAGCUCGUCAAUUUAGGAAGGCGUAAGAAUGGCGCGCUGGAGAUCGAGCAAAGUUUCAUUGGCAAGCGCUUCAUUGCGCUCACCGCUUACUAUUAUUGAAAUGUGUAUUUUAUUUAAUGGUUUUAAGGUUUACAAUACUGUGUCCGGCAUUUCAGUGGCGCGUGAAAGAUACAAAAUAGGUGUUGUUUCUUUCAAGUAAAAUUACGGGCACAGUGUUAAGAUUCUAUGUAUUGAAAUUUGUACAUUUCGUUUUGAUCUCUCUGUUUAAUUAAGGUUGACAGACUUAUUUUUUUUUGUUUAGCAUUAGCCGCCUAGAAGUGGUUCGCUUGCCGAACUAUAACUCCGUUGCGGGUUCGAACCCCGCUGGGUACAAAUGCUUGUAAUAAGCACAAACAUUUUAUUAGUCUUGGACAUGUUUACUAUAUUGUAUUCUGUCUGUAAAUAACUUUUAUUCAUUCGAAGUAUCUAUGAUACUAUAAAUGUAUUUUUAACGUUGUUUGCAAACAAUGUGAUUACUUCUUACAAUUUAAAUGUAUCUUAUAGAUUUAAACAUACAAUAAGUAUGUCAAUUCUAUUUUGUAAAAAUAUUUGUUUACUUCCCAGCAAUACUUUUAAUUUUAAGAGAUAUCGCUCAAAUUAUAUAUUUUAAGAUUUAAAUGUGUAUCACGUGUUUUAUAUUGAUAAAGACAUUGAUUCUAAGUCCAUUUCAUGUUUAAGGUAAUUUCUGACAUUUGUCAUAAAACUUGCAUUUGGUUGGGUUUAGUAGUUCUUGUACAGCUUCCAAGUGAACUAUUGAAAAUAAUUUUUAGAGCUCAACAUAUUGUAAUUUUGAUUAAAAUAGUGUAAGUUGUUUGUAAGUUUGUGUUCCUUAUUUUAAAUAAAUAAAUAAAAUAAAAUAAAAGGUAUUUAUUUCAGCCAUAGCCCAUAAAAGUGUUAGUAACAAAGGUCUUAUAAAAUAAACUAUGAUUAGUAAAUCACACAAUAACCUAUACAUAAUUAAAUAACGACAAUUUGGUGUCUUUAGUAAGAUGGACGCGUGUCCAGUCCAGGGAUACAUUUUUGUCUUAUACUUUUUGAAAUGGACCAUAGAAACAAUUAUCUAAUGAUUGUACAAUUUCUAUGAAACUAGACAAUUAUUACUUGCCUCAAUCAAUAUGUACAUAAUAUUUCUUGAAGAUUAUACGACGAUAAUAAGUUUUAAGUUUUAUCGAAUGAUCAUGUAGAUAUUGUGACAAGUGUGUAUUAUAAAAAUAUGUAGGUAUGUAACGAAUUAAUUUUGUCUUUGAAUCUAAAAGUUGUUUAAAAUAGUGCCAACAUUCCUAAAGUUUCGGCUUAGUAUUUGUUUUUAGAAUCAAAAUUACAUAGAAUAAAAAUAAUAAUUCUAAUGUUACAUACUUAACUAUUUGCAGUUUUAAAUAUUUGUGACGUUACUUCUUUGUCAGAUAUUUUGUCUAGUCUACACUCCGCCUUAAGCAUACUAUCCAUUCGCGAUAAGUUUGCCGCUGGCGAUAUGACGUCACUCGAAGGAAUGCGUCUAUAACUUUAGCAAACUAAAUUGGAAAUAUUUUUUAUUUAUUAAUAUUGAUAAAAAUUGUGUAUUUGCGUAAAAUAAAACACUCAAUUGCGUUUAAUCGCGGUUGGAGGAGGGGACGCGCAUUCCACGGAGCGGCAAACUUAGCGAGAACGGGUAGUACAAUCACUAUAAAACUUAGAUUAAAACAAAAAGGAAGUGAUCGGCUCAAAUUAAGUUCAUGCACACAAUUUCGCUCCAGUAUUUCACAGUGGGGUUGGCCUACGCAAAUAAACGCAAUACACGAUAGUAUUCAAAACUCGCUCGCACUUUAUAGCAUGGUGCGUAGUACCUACCUAUCUUCCCUUUUUGUUGUGAUCUAAGGCAAAUACUAAUUUUAGGUCUUCCUUCUGUGCAUUUUGAAAUUCGCCCUCUGUUAAAGGCAUAUAAAUAUGGGCACAUAAACGCACAUCUGUCUGCGAUAAAAUAACGUACCUGUACUUGACACAUGUUAUUAAUUAAUUACUAUUUAAUUUUAAGUUUCUUUUACAAUUGGAUAAAGUUACAUAAAGUUCAUUUCAUAAUGAAAAGAAUCUGCCCACAAGCACGUCUUCUCAAAGAUAAAUGUAUAUUUUUAUUGCAAUACCAAAAAAUUAUGGCAAUCAGUAGGCCUUGUAUUGUGUGAUUGUUGUUAACUGUAACUGUAAAUAACUAAACAACCUGUUGAAAGAAAAAUAAAAUUACACUGAAGUGAUAAA